CUCCUGACCCAGGAACAGAAACCGGCUCCUGGCUGGCGGCGGCAACCCGGAAGGCGUGGCCCGGCGGGCUCCCUGCGUUUAGUCACGCACGGAGGCGGCCGCAGGCGGGGCGCUUUCUUUCGGGCCGAGCCGCUGUCGCUGCGCCGCAGCCCCGUCUCCCUGGGCAGCGGGAGCAGGGCGGCGGCGGCCCUGGGGCCGCGGGUGGGGGGGGGCUUGGUUUCCGGGGCAGGUCGCGGCCCUUGCUUCCCCCCGGGGCGGGUGUUUGCAGCGGCGAAGAGGUGCUAGGGCGAAUCCGCCAGCACAGCAGCGGCCACCAUGGGAGCUGAGCAAAGUGCAGAAGCUGAGAACCGGCCAAAUGAUCUGAGCAGUUCAGCAUCUCCUUCUCCAGCCAAGCAACGAGCUAAAAUGGAUGAUAUUGUGGUGGUGGCUCCGGGAACACAGUCCUCGCGGAAUGUAAGCAAUGAUCCUGAUGUGAUAAAAUUGCAAGAGAUUCCAACUUUCCAGCCCCUUUUGACAGGUCUCAUUGCUUUGGUGACUGGAUGGGAAGCAGGAAAAGUAUUUCCUAGUCCUGAGCAAUGCAAUUCCAUUGCAGCUUGGAAAGCAGCAGGACUGCUCAGUGGACAGACUUCCCCUACAAACAGCAAAUUGGAGAAGCUGGACUCUCAGCAAGUGUUACAGCUGUGCCUCCGAUACCAAGAUCACCUUCAUCAGUGUGCAGAAGCUGUUGCCUUUGAUCAGAAUGCUCUAGUGAAACGAAUCAAAGAGAUGGACCUCUCAGUGGAAACUCUCUAUAGCUUUAUGCAGGAGCGCCAGAAAAGGUACGCCAAGUAUGCAGAGCAGAUCCAAAAGGUCAACGAGAUGUCUGCGAUCCUCCGCCGCAUACAGAUGGGCAUUGACCAGACGGUCCCUCUAAUGGAGAAGCUAAACAGCAUGCUGCCUGAAAGCGAGAGGCUGGAACCCUUCACCAUGAAACCUGACAGGGAGCUCAAGCUAUAGUCGCUCCAAACUCCCUUUCCUCACCUUCUCGUUCAAACAUUCAGCACAACGCCACGCUUCCAGCACGCCCAAUUGGCAGUCACUUGGAACAGACCGCUUUGCUGCCUGACUUUUUGCCAGGCUUUAAGAGGAAGAGCUGUCUCAGCUGCCAGAACUGUGAAUUGAAACUGUACAGCCAGGAAUAAAGGAGCUCCCUAUUCGGAUUGUUUGGAGAAGAAAAUUUACCCUUCCUUUAUCCCCAUAGCACCACCAUCUGUACUGAAAUAUGUGCUUCAUUCCUGUAACUAGAUUCAGCCUCAGAGAGGAGCGAUUCCUCCACCUGAUCUUUUUAGAAAAAAUUCAAAGGGGUAUUGGGUGUAAUAAACCCUGUAAUGUACUUUCCAUGCCACUGGAGAAGUGGACAAUUAGAUGGCUGGCAGAUAUUUACAAUAUUCUCCAGCCCUGGAAACAUGUAUAUUUUGUAGGUGAAAAUGUGGAACCAGGAACAGGCUUAUUAAAACUGCCUGUUGUUGUAAUUAACAUGGUUUGCGUGGCAAGGAAGUUUCCCUUUCAGUUCUAGUCAGCAUCUCUUUCCUUGAAGCUCCUGUUUUUAUGGUCUUACUAAUUUGUGGGGCUGUAAAUGAAUAACUGUUCCAGUU